CGUUCGCGUCGGUUCCCGAGCGCCCCGCGGCUCCCGGGCGGGCCUGAGGAGGCGGCGACCGCGAACAUGGCGGAGGAGGAGCGGCGAGCCCUGCAGGAGGCGGCCGAGGGGCCGGCUCCGGACGCGGCGCUGCCCGCUGCGGCCUGCGGCCCCGAGGCGGCUGGAGGCGAAAGACACAUCUCCAUUCAGAGACAGCUUUCUGACCUGGAGAAGUUAGCCUUCCGAGCUGAAGGAGAUCUUGAAUCUGCCAACUCAUUGAACCCCGAUAAUCCUGACGCAGGAAAUAAACAGGCUUGUCCAUUGUGCCCCAAAGAAAAAUUCAGAGCUUGUAAUAGCCAUAAGCUUCGUCGCCACCUUCAGAAUUUACACUGGAAAGUGUCAGUUGAAUUUGAAGGUCACAGGAUGUGCAUCUGUCACUUACCUUGCCGGCCUGUGAAACCAAAUACUGCUGGAGAGCAGAUAUCCAGUAAGAUGGGUGCCCAUUAUCAUUGCAUUAUUUGUUCAGCAACAAUCACCAGGAGAACUGAUAUGCUAGGACAUGUUAGGCGCCAUGAGAAUAAAGGAGAGACGAAAUCCAGGUAUAUUGCUGCUUCUGCAGUAAAAGCACCGAAUGAGACUCUGAAGGAGACGGACACGGAUGUGCGAGUCUGUCCCAACUGCACUGUGCCUCAGAAAGCAGAUUCCUACUUUAACCCCAAAAUGAAACUGAAUCGGCAGCUGGUGUUCUGCACGUUGGCUGCUCUGGCCGAGGAGCGGAAACCACUGGACUGUCUGGAUGCCUUCGGAGCCACAGGGAUAAUGGGAUUGCAGUGGGCAAAACAUCUCGGAAGUGCUGUCCAAGUUACAAUUAAUGACUUAAGUGAGAGCUCUGUGACGCUGAUCCAGGAGAACUGCCACUUAAACAAACUGAAAGUGAAGGUGGACAGUAAGGAGGAAGGGGCGAGUGACGGGGCUCUGGGAGAAGGAGAGGAAACCCUUGGAGACAUCCAGGUGACCAAGAUGGACGCCAAUGUGCUGAUGCACCUGAGGUCUUUUGAUUUCAUACACCUGGACCCUUUCGGAACGUCUGUGAACUAUCUAGAUUCUGCGUUCAGAAACGUGAGGAACCUCGGCGUCGUGUCAGUGACUUCUACCGACACCAGCUCUUUGUACGCCAAGGCGCAGCACGUUGCCCGGCGGCACUACGGCUGCACCGUCGUGCGGACCGAGUACUACAAGGAGCUGGCUGCCAGAGUGGUCGUGGCCGCCGUGGCCAGAGCUGCUGCCCGGUGCAACAAAGGCAUCGAAGUCCUGUUGGCGGUGGCCCUGGAGCACUUCGUGUUGGUGGCGGUACGCGUGCUGAGGGGGCCGACUUCAGCAGAUGCCUCAGCCCGGAAGAUCCAGUACCUGAUCCACUGUCAGUGGUGUGAGGAGAGGACCUUCCGCAGGGGUGGCGACAUGGUGGACGCAAACCCCUACAAGCAGCUGCCCUGUGACUGCCACGCAAGCAUGCCAGGGAAGACAGCGAUGGAGCUCGGGCCUCUGUGGUCAGGUUCCCUUUUCAAUACUGGAUUCCUCAAAAGAAUGCUGCUUGAAUCUCUCCACCAUGGUUUAGAUGAUAUUCAGGCCCUGCUGAAGACCUUGAUCUUUGAGUCAGAAUGCUGUCUGCAGAGCCAGUUUGCGGUUCCCGCAGCCUCCGGUGUCAACAGGCAAGAAGAAAAUGGAGUUACUAAAGCUACGGCUGAAAGCACAGCAGGUAAUUACAUUGUGCAAGGGAAGAGAAAAAGCAAUGAAAUCAUCACAAACUUGGCCAAGAAGCAGAAGACUGACGUCAGCACAGAACAUCCUCCCUUUUAUUACAACAUCCACAGACACAGCAUCAAAGGAAUGAAUAUGCCGAAGUUAAAAAAGUUUCUGUGCUAUCUUUCUCAAGCAGGCUUUCGAGUAAGUCGGACUCACUUUGACCCGAUGGGUGUUCGAACCGACGCGCCUCUCAUGCAGUUCAAAUCAAUCCUUUUAAAGUACAGCACGCCCACCUACGCUGGCGGCCAGGCAGAAGGCCACGUCCAGUCAGCUCCUGAGGACACGGCGGCCAACAGGGCCGAGACGUCUGUGAGCGACCAGGCCCAAGCAGGUGGCUGCAGGAGGCGGUGACCGUCAAGAGGCACCUGCUGGAGCUCUGUGCCAGCUGUGCCAGCUGUGCCAGCUGCAGGGCCUUUCCCGUCCCUGCACUUCCGUGGUGUGAGAAGAAAGAAAUGCUGUUUUCCUUCCGGAAAUGAGCAGUUCCUAACUUAGCUGCUUGGAAGCUUUGCUUCCAGGUUUUUAUUUUACAGAAAAAUUCAUGUACACUGUGGAAUCCAUCUGUGUCACCUCUGCUCGUCUUUGCAUGGGUAGCCCAUGAAGCCGAAGCCCUCUUCCUGUUCAGGUGAGGCUCGGCGGGCUUCCAGGUCGCUGGCAUAUGCCACAGUUCCAAAGGUGAACUAUGUUCCCGUGUUUUUAAAAAAUGGUACUUUGCAUCAUUUUAUUACCGGCUUUUAAGAAAUUGAGUACUCACUGGAGCUAGAAAUACAUUUUUUCUUACUAGUUUAUGGUCUAGUUGACUCAAUCCAGAGCGAGAUCCGUCUCCCUGAGACCGCUUCCCUCCCUGGACACUUGAUGACUGGGCAGUCCUGGAGCACCGUCUGACCUUGAACGGGCCUGGGUGAUCUCCAGUGCCUCGGUCCGCACACACCUGGGCCUCACUCGCUCGGCUGUGCCGCCUCUCAGGAGAAAACUGUCCCCUUUGAGAUGAGUUUGUAGUUUGAGGAUUGGUUUAUGAUUUACUAUUUUGAAGUGAGUAUGUAUGUGUGUAAACAUUUUGUAUACGUAACCCAGGCUAACAUAAUGAUAAAAAUGGGAAAAAAAUCUUGUUUCCACUGACA